AAAGAGCUUCGUAGCGUUUGUACUUUGUUUUUGUUUUGCCUGUGUCGUAAUGACGUGAUUUGUUCAAGGAAAACUUGAGAGUAUUUUUGUCUGCAGAGUCGUGCUGAUACUGAAAUUGAUUCGAAGCUGUUACGUAACAUAUUGGUGUUCGUAUGAAGCGGCGUAAUAUAGCAAUGGACGCAGAUGCCUUCAUAUCGUCGAAAGUUUCCCUUGUGGAAAGGAAUCCCCAGCCGAUGGGUCUGCAGCUGGUCAACCCCACCGCCGUAGGCAGAACCGAUCGAGCCAGCCUCAUCGAACUGGCGCAGGAGAUUGAAAUGGCAGAUGAGUUUGUGCAGUCGACAGCCGGGGCACAGCUGCGGCUGAUAGCAGAGCAGGUGUCGGUGCUGCGGCGGCAGGCGGAGCGCGUGCUGUCGGAGGCGGCGCAGUCGCACCGCCUGCACCACGCGGCCUGCAACUUCCGCAAGGCGCCCGGCUCCGUCUACCACCUCUACCGCCGGCCCUCGGGACAGGAGUACCUCUCCAUGCUGGCGCCACAGGAGUGGGGUCCGAAGGGCCCGCCGGCGGGGCACGAGUUCCGCGGUUCGUUCAGGCUCGAGGCGGACCGCAGUUGGACGCCGGCGGGCGAGGGUCCCCCGCGGCCCGCAGCGCGCGCCGUCGCGGACAUCUUCGGGCCCGCGGAGGACGCUGCCGCACGUUUUGACGUGGCGCGGCCGCUGCGCGCCAUCGAGGGGUCUGGCCGCGCGGCCCGCACGUCGUGACCCGAGCUCUCGGCUCGCUCGCAGCUGCAUUUUGUCUGCGGGCACGGCUGACGUGUGUCGGCGUGAGGAGUGAAGGAUUGUGUGUGGAAAGCUGCUCCCCUUUCUGAAAGCGACCCCUACGCCACGGAGGGGCCGCUCGGAAUUGUGUGCAGUGUCUGCACGAGUUCCCGCUUAUCUCGGUUACUUAAAAUGUCGAGAGUUUCAUUUAGGAUAAUAUGUGCACUACUACAAUUAAUGUUUGUCAAUAAGCAUUGCAUUUGACAGCAAAACUGCAGAGUUAUUGUGACAAAGUUUAAUGGAAAGUAUAUGAGAAGAGUGUAAACAUAUAGUAUAACAGCAUUAUUCACUUCUCACUUUUAACGUACAAACACAUUCACCACCUUCAGAACAGAGAAAAAUUUGAAAUUGAUUCGUGAGGUUACUGACCUUUGUCUCCUGUGACAUCCAGCGGACGACUGCCGAGUGCUUCACAUCGCUGUUAAAUAGACUGGAGGUAAUUUUCGUGUGCUUCGUAUUUGUCACUAUGUACGCUGACUAUAAUUGGCUCACUGAUAAUACGUUUCGUAAGGUUAUCAAUUUGCAAAGACUGCGAGGAGUCUGACUUUAUUAAACUACUGCUCGUUUGCCGUUAUACAGGUGGUUGACUUGGUGUGACUUCACUGAAGGCGAGCUUUGUAGUUGGAUACAUUUGAUUGAACUCUUAGUAUGCUCAACCACUUGUGUGUGCAGGUUUUUUACAGAAUGUUAAAAUACGAAGUGAUUCUGCUAUGAUAUCCACUUUGUGGGGCGACGGGUUAAUAACUUUUACGAGAGCCUGGAAACUAUUUCUGCGAUCGACCAGGAAGUGACGGAGAACGUACUGGCCGUAGUUUCCAGUCUGCGAGUCCACAUUCUUGUCCGGCCCACUGAAAGAAAUGUUUCUCUUCUCUAUUUGCUCAGCGGGAUCGGGACUGUGAUUAUAAAUGAAGAUUCUGAUUUCUAAUUGAUACAUAAAUUUGGUAAUGUUUCACAUGCACAACAUUGUAACAUUCAUUAUGUUCAUACUGACAGUAAAUCUCUCUAUCCUAAACAGCACUACGAGCAGUUUAGAUGCGACCUCUACUGUAAGUUUCUAUUAAAUUGUCUUUCGCCCUGACUUCUGCUAAUCAAAGUAAUUGCUCGCCACAAAAGUGGAAAAUAAGUAUGACCACCGGCCGUGUGGGUUUGUUAACCUUUAGGGCGGCACACUGACAGUUACUUCAGUGAAAUCUGAGAGAUCCGGGACGGUGUACAGUCCUCGUAAGUUCACUUUCUAUUAUUACUGAAAGUGUGCGUUUAGUAAGAGCCUGUAAUGUCAUCCUAGGCAACGUGCACUCCAGUGCUUGACUGACACAGACCGUACAGAGGCUGGGUGCGAAGUAGAGCCCAGUCUUGCCUCCCGGACUGUGUUUAUAUAUGUGGCGCAGCGGAGGGCUGAGCGAACACCUGACGUUAUCCACUCUGUGCCCACGGUAGUAGCCUCCAAAUGGCCACUUCCUCAGACCUAUAAUAUUUUACAAGACGGUUUUGUAUUAAUUUUGAAUUUUUGUAAUUUUUGUAUGCAUGUAGGUAAGUUGGUUAAAAUCACAGAAAAUUUUUAGCUUGCCUGCAUUUAAACUUUGCCGUCUAGAAUUUUCAGAACGGAACUGACAGUGGAACCUGACCUCUGAACUACAACUUUAACAGACCUUGUACUUUUUAUUAUUUACAUCCAGACCUUGGAACUUGUUAAAGCUCUAUAAUUAAUAGGUUCCAUGAUGUGCUGUAAACAAAACUUUCUAGCAUUAAUAUAACAGAUACUCAAUCUACUACAAAUAAGGAUGUUUUAGUUCCAAUUUGUAUGGAGUGUAGCCAUGUAUGGAAGUGAAACGUGGACGGUAAAUAGUUUGGACAAGAAGAGAAUAGAAGCUUUUGAAAUGUGGUGCUACAGAAGAAUGCUGAAGAUUAGAUGGGUAGAUCACAUAACUAAUGAGGAGGUAUUUAAUAGACUUGGGGAAAAGAGAAAUUUGUGGCACAACUUGACUAUAAGAAGGGAUUGGUUGGUAGGACAUGUUCUGAGGCAUCGAGGGAUCACCAAUUUAGUAUUGGAGGGCUGCGUGGAGCGUAGAAAUCAUAAAGGGAGACCAAGGAUUGAAUACACAAAGCAGAUUGGGAAGGAUGUAGGUAGAAGUAGGUACUGGGAGAUGAAGAAGCUUGCACAGGAUAGAGUAGCAGGGAGAACUGCAUCAAACCAGUCUCUGGACUGAAGACGAUGACAACAACAACAACAACAGUUCCAAAUUUAGUUUUCUGCAAAUUACUCAAAAACUGUUAGAGAACGCUUAAUGGGGUUACGUAAUUAAUGUUUUUGUGUUGAAGUGAAGCUUCAUACAAAUUUUCAUAUUUCUAAGUCCAAUACUUAGCGCUUUCCGUUUUUCUUAAAAACACAGAUUCUGACCAAAAUAUUGGAUUAAUCACAUUGAGACUUGCACCAGUUAAUUUUGACGUACAUCUGCUCAUAGUGAACAAUUUUUGGGUUUCUAACUUUAUUAUUUAGCGCCACUUACUUUUUUCCUUAAAACAAUGUACAGGGUCCGGCAUAAAAAACUCCCCGAUUACAAAGUAACGUGCAGCGGACAGUAGAAGGAGCAGAGUGGUGGGGGGCGGUCGUUACGUAGCUGCCUACGUGCCGUUUUCAGUGUACGCCAUGGCGUGGUCUGGUGAACAUCGUGCCUUCGUAGUGGAAGAUUUUAUUCAAAAUGGCGAAUCGCCUGUUAAUACUCAACGUGCUUUUCGCGUUCGCUUUGCGCUCGGACGAUGGGACCCUGUUCCCGAUAAGAAAACAAUUUAUUCUUGGGUUGCUAACUUUCGUGAGACAGGUUCCGCAUUAAAAAGGAAACCACCUGGACGACCACGGACUGCAACAGGCCCCGGAAAUGUUGAUGCAGUUAGAGCUUCAGUUAAACAAUCUCCUCGACGAUCCGCUAAAAAGCAUGCGGCAGCAUUACGGAUAUCUGAUUGAAGUGUGAGAAGAAUCUUGCAUCGAGAUCUUAAAAUGCAUCCUUACAAACUUGUAACUACGCAGGAACUGAGUCAACGAGACUGUGGUGUCCGUGUAAGUUUGUGCCAAGACCUUCUUCGGAACAUUCGUCCCAACGAUAUUGUGAUUUUUUUCUGAUGAAGCACACUUUCACCUUGCCGGAACAGUGAACAGCCAAAAUUGCAGGUACUGGUGUGAACACAAUCCCCAAGAACUUCAUCAACGACCACUUCAUAGCCCUAAAGUAACAGUAUGGUGUGCUGUUUACAAUUCCGGAGUGAUCGGUCCUUACUUUUUCGAAGAAAAUGACAGGAAUUUAACCGUCAACAGU